UGAACUACAUCCACAGCAUACUACUACAUACUACACAUAUUGGCUUCACAUACACACAUCCAUACAGAGACAGAAUCUUAGAUAUAGUAUGUAAUAAAUUAAGAGUUAUAGGUUCAGUGCAAGGACAUGAUAGCACAUCUACUCAUACACAUAUACACCUAUACAUCUAUAUAUAGAGAGAGAGUCUCAUAUUGGAUUACUCGUAUAAAAAGGUUAUAAGAGAGACGAGAGAGGUGUACAGAUUCAUUAAAACAAGAAGAGAAAAAAAUGACAGAUGAAGAUAGGUUAUUACCAAUAGCCAAUGUAGGGAGACUUAUGAAGCAAAUCUUACCAUCAAAUGCGAAGAUCUCAAAAGAAGCAAAACAAACAGUUCAAGAGUGUGCAACGGAGUUCAUAAGCUUUGUUACAUGCGAAGCCUCGGACAAGUGCCACAGGGAGAAUCGAAAGACGGUGAAUGGUGACGACAUCUGGUGGGCUCUCAGCACUCUCGGCCUUGAUAACUAUGCUGACGCCGUGGGUAGGCAUCUUUACAAGUACCGUGAAGCCGAGCGAGAAAGAGCUGAGCACAACAAAGGUAGCAAUGAUAGUGGGAACGAGAAAGGACCCAGUACUAGAAGUGAUCUACAGAGUCAGUCGACAAAGUUUAUUAGAGUUGUUGAGAAGGGAAGCAGCUCCACGGCCCGUUGAAUUAGAUAUAUAUUGAUGUUCUCUGAAUCAUUUACUAUGAAGCCAAGA